UUCUAUAAAAGACAGGUAGAGUUUGCGUGUACGAUACUCUUGGCGCUUGAUUGGUCGCGAUUGUGCCUAGUGCUCGGGAAACUCACGACCAGCUGUGCUUCAAAUUCCGUAAAAUGAAUUUCGUUGUACGAAGCGUGCGCAGGGUAGAAGGACAAAGUGGGGCGUAGGACGAUCUCAAGGAUCUUUUGAGCGUCGCUCUGUUCCUUUGUCAUGAAAUUACGGCUUAACGCUCGAAGAUACGGUACCCGAAAUUUUUGACCUGAACAGUUCUGUUACCGAAUCUCUUCUGCGUUAGUUCAGUUUUACCAAAUCAAUGAAAUGUUUCGUUUCAGUGUUACAAAGGUCUUAUGUUUUUAGAGUAGUCAACAGAGAAAUUUCCAACUCACGUGAUAAGGAGAAGGAUCACUUUACGUCAACAAAGAACAUGCGAAUUUUAUGAAGAUACAGUGAAUCAUGAAUCUUUAAAUUGUGAUUGAAUUAAGAAAACUAUUUUUCGUUACUGAAUAACUUUUUUUACAUUUCGGAGCAAAAAUAUUUAUUUCCAUCCGUGUGUGGUGUUGACACUGGUGAUAAUCCUGGUCCUGCUCCGUGUUACCUGCUUGAUAAUGCAUUGUGUGUAGAUACAAUAAAGGAGCUACGUCAGAAACAUUAAUUCGUUGCACAUGUGUGUUCCAUGCUUUCCCCUCUGCGUCAUUCUGGUUUCUCCAGAAUGACUAUGCAUACACGUGCUCGUUGCAUUUACAAGGACGAAAUUAGAACCUUUCAAAGGUAGUGUCAAAAGUGGUGAUCAAUAUCACGCUUUUCCUGGAUGCAUUAAUGACUUUAUACUUUCUAAAUAUAUCGAUCGCAUGUAUCAAUUGACUUUUUAUGCUAUAGUUCUAACAAUUUUUCUAUCAAACAGCCGACUUUCGAAAAAUUCUAGUGCAAACUUAUUGCUCAUUUGUAAAAACCACGAAAUACAGGCGAAACGAUGGCCGUCAAUACGGUAUAACAAAUUCAUACACAAUAUUGGAAAGAUAACAUUUAUCAGUUUGCUACCAUUAAUCUAAUAAAGGGAUGCUUGUAGAGGGACAUCUACAACCUUAUCACGGUGUCGAGUGCAGACAGAAUAAAGUCCCUAUGUGAUUCUGUACGAGCGAUAUCGAAAGUACUUUAGAUGAAACCCUAAUGUCGAAUACGAAUAUAAUUAAUUUUAGAGAUAAAGCUUAUCGUAACAUUCAGAAACCAGUGGACAUACUAAAAAUAAGGAAAGUAACAUUUUAUGCUUCUAUUCGAAGAAGUUCUAUACUAAGAAUGUAAAGCAGGUCGGCGGCACGAUAACAGACUACUUACCUAUAACGCGAUAACGAUCCACGUACAAGGUUACAAGUCAAGCUUACCAUUGCGAUUACUGCAAUGUUCUGUUAACGAGGAACGGAUAGAAAACGCAUCUUGCGUAAAGCUUGUGAAAUAUAGAACGCAAAUGAGUCAUUGCACCGAGAACGGAAGUGAACAAAGGCUUGGUCAUUUGGCAUAGAUCGUUAGUGGGGAUCAGAUUUAGAAAAUAAUAUGGUGAUCGAACGAAUGCAAUUUGAUAGGAGGUGUGCCUCGGGUGUUUGAGGAAGAUCGGAAUGAACGGUUAAACUUGUCUAUCGCGUACGAUUUCCACGUGACUUUUUACUUGGAAGAUGAAUGAUGCGAUGAUCAAACAUACCACAUAGCACGCGGUUUGUUCAUUGUGUACUAUUGAAUUUUUACUAAGUGAUUUCUAUAUAAAGAAAGAGAUAAGACUGGUAUCAAAGACUGGUGUUAUAAAAUGUGUUCGUUUUUUAGUACCAAUAAGUUAUCGAUAACGAGCGUCGAUUACCACUUUCAUCGACAUAUCUGGCAUUCUAAGCUCACCUGUGGAACUUGCUAAGACGGAGACAAGCCGUAACGUUUCGGUAUUACCUCCAACCGGGCGGCUUUUCAAACGUAUUAUCGGUGUUCUUGAGCGCGAACGUAUACCGGAAACGACGUUCGAAUUGUCAACGACUCGAUGAAAGGAGCCAGUGAAGUGCCAGUGAAUUAUCGAUAAUACAUACGACGACAAGCACCAUUGUGUUAACAGCUUAAGGAUAAUAGUAGGUCUAAACGACUAGAGGUGUAACAACGAGGUAUUUAAUAGUCAUGUACCGACGAUAACGUGUUACAGUAGGGUACUAUACGAAAUCAUUUUACUUGUUCAACGAAAAUAACCAUUUUUAUCAAAGAAAGAAGGGGAGCGAAAGCGCGGCGACUUGAUACAGUGUCAACAUAAUUCGUAGGAUUGCAUCGACCAUUUUCUUUUUCCUUCAAACGGCGGGUUCCGUAGAGGAAGAGUAGUAUGUGAAAAGUGAAUCGAAAAGAAAACGAACGAAAGCGCGGUAAAUUGAAAGUGUGUCGCGUAACUCACAAAAUAUCGUAUUAAUUGUUAAAAUAUUUUGUACCUCGUUAACUGAUAUCGUGAUUGCCGUCAUCUCUUUCUGAUAGAGCGUACCGCGAGGACGUUGGCGCGUCAAAGAUUUCAAACGAAAAACAAUUUCAUCGAGUAACGUCGUUUUCGGUGUCGUGCGAUUGCAACGAAUUACAUAAUCGAUUGACGAAGAGAAAAAGAGACAGCAAGACACGCGUAAAGCAUAUCGAGAAUGACCUUCGUAGCCAUCUCGUUUGUCUGUCUAUCGUCGAGGGAGAAGAACCCAGAGAUAAAGUGGUACGCGAUUUAAUUAAUAACUUGUCGUAAUUGUCAGACGGAAAAAAGGUGAAAGAAAAGGACGCGAUACGCGUGCCAGGAGAGAUGAUUUUAGCGAGACAACGUUCUAGCGAGAAUAUCGGUGAGAUCUUCUUCUAAAGGAACUGCAGUUGGUUAUGCCGUGUUUCUCAGCACAGCAGGUGUAUCGUGAGAGAUGACAGUCACUUAUACUGCCGAAGUCGCUACCUGCAGAGGUCUCGGUUGCUUCCUAAAAUUACUCCUAAGAUGGCGAGCAAGCGUAUACAAGCUCGUCUGGUUGGACCUAGCUCUUUUCCUCUUCAUAUAUUAUUCGCUGUCGAGUAUUUACCGACUGAUAUUGGACGAAGAACAAAAGAAGAUAUUCGCAGCCAUAGUAGCAUACUGCAACGCGUACAGCGAUCUAAUUCCGCUGUCUUUCGUCCUGGGCUUCUACGUCAGUAUUGUUAUGACCAGGUGGUGGAAUCAAUACAUGGUGAUACCGUGGCCAGACUCAAUCGCGGUUUUCGUGUCAGCCACUAUUCACGGCAACGACGAGAGAGGUCGACUAAUGCGCCGAACUAUCGUCAGAUACGUGUGCGUUUGCUUAACGCUAGUACUGGCGAUGGUCUCGCCCCGUGUGAAAAAACGAUUCCCCACGUUAGAGCACUUCGUAGAGGCGGGUUUGUUGCUGGAGAACGAGCUAGUCAUAUUCGAGAGUCUGAACACAAAGUUUCCUAAGCCUAGCAAGCAUUGGUUACCAAUAGUAUGGGCGUCAAGUAUCGUGACAAGAGCGAGGAAGGAGGGUCGGAUUCGUGACGACUUCGCCGUGAAAACAUUGAUAGACGAGUUAAAUAAGUUUCGCGGCCUCUGCGGUAGCCUCAUGCACUACGAUACUAUUAGCGUUCCUUUAGUUUAUACUCAGGUAGUUACGUUAGCUGUGUAUACGUACUUUUUAACAAGCGUGAUGGGUCGGCAGUCGGUGACCGAUGCAUCGCCGAACAUCGAUAUGUAUUUUCCAGUAUUCACAACGCUGCAAUUCUUUUUUUAUAUGGGUUGGUUGAAAGUAGCUGAGACUUUGAUUAAUCCGUUCGGCGAGGACGACGAUGAUUUUGAAGUCAAUUGGAUAAUCGACAGAAAUUUGCAGGUGAGCUACCUUAUCGUCGAUGAGAUGCACCACGAGCAUCCGGAAUUAAUCCGCGAUCAAUAUUGGGACGAGAUCUUCCCUGCGGAACUUCCGUACACGGCGGCAGCGCAGCCCUUCCGCGAGGAGCAUCCGGAGCCAUCCACGGCUAGAAUUCAGUUAUCCGCGGCGCAGCAAGAACUUCAACCAUCUUCGGUCAGAAUUGAUGAAAUGGCAGGGGACUAUCAACAGAAGUUCCGCCCUGACAUGGCCGACGACGCCGCGUCUGGUAUACAUUUCAUAGCGACUGGGAAAAUGUCAAGGAGCGCAACCGAGAGUGGUAAAAUAGCGAGAAGCGCUAGCAGAGUAAGCAAUCGGGACCGUACCAUGAGCGGAGGCUCCACUCCAAGCAUCAUCGGAGAAUCUCUCCCAAGAGUCAACAGCGUCACCAGCGUGCUGAAACGAUUAUUCAGUAAAGACGAUAGACCAGAUGGCGGUACAUCAAGUGGGACUAAGACACCUGGAAGGCUUGCAUCUUCUAGUUCGGCCGCUUCGCUACAAAAUAGAGCCGUUGCAGGAGGAGGCUCGAUGAGGAUCGGAGUAAUCAAGGAAGAAGCGGACGAACAGAUGACGUUAACGUCGAUGAAGUCGGAGAAGAGACCCCACGUGCAGAGCAUAUUUUCGCCGGGACCACCACCUCCAAGUGCUCCCGUCGCUGUUCCUGGCAUGGAACACUCACGAAAUGGAGAGAUAUUUUCGUGUAGCGCUCCUGUAACUGGUGGUGUGUUAAGGGGAAGUAACGGUGAGAUUGUCAACGACAGGAGAUACGGGUCUGAUUCAAGAACACAACGUACUUCACAGUCAGCACGAUCGAGCAUUGCUUACGAACCAGCAGCCAGCUACGUGGACAGUGUUGCGGAUGAUCUUAUAAGCAGCGAUAGUUCAUCCGCUAGCGUUAACUCCGAUGACGAAUUUACAAAAUUGAAGACAGAAAGAGAAAAGCAAAGACGUGAUAAAGUAGAACGAAGAUUGGCUAGGAGCACCAGCGGCCGCAAUAACUUAAUCAGUGGAAAUUCGAAAAGUUCCAUAGACAAUGAACAUCUUCUGUUAUCAGACAUGGCGAAUACUUCGCGUUUAUCUAUGACGCAGGGAGAUGAUAGUAAAACAAUCGAAACUGAUCGUCUUUAGCGGAACUAUUUAUGGCUUUACUUUGAAGUUUAACUUUAAUUGCACAGGAUAUUAGAGGAGAACUUAAAAAGAAAUAAAUGCACAAAAGAUUUUUACGAUGUUUAAAUAGAGAGACUACCGAUUAGUCGUAUGAUCGGAGAAAGUACAUGAAUUUUGGAUCCACUUUUACGACUAGCAAGGUUGAUUCACAUAUUCAAGGUUCACUUAAGAUAUUUGUGUAUAUACGGAUUUUUUAUUAGGAUGAGAGAAAUAUUUGGUGAUAAACGAUCUACGAGUUUGAUCAUAAUAAUUGACCCUAAUCUGAGAAAGUAUAUAGAGGUAAUGGAAACAUUCCCAUCAUGAAAAGGGAAAGCUAUUCUAAAUGAUCAUGUUUACAUAUAUAUAUAAAAUGAACAAAGUUGCUGCGCUUGAAUUGCUAUUGUGAUUUUGUGUAUAUCGUAAACAUAUUCCCAAUUUUGCUGAAGCAAACGAAAGUUCAUGUGCUCUAUUUUUAGCGAUUGGUAUGAAGGAAGACGAUUGCUUUCUAAUAAAUAUUACUUAAAGAUCGUGUAAAAAGAUCCAAAGAUUACAUACGUAAGUGCAAACAUCGAAAGUUAUUACCGCUGUAUUUAACCAGUGGAUUUGCUACAUGUACCGGUAUACCUCUCACUUCAAAUUUUACGUAUCAAAGUUGACAAUAAUUAUUGAGUCGUUGUCAUCGAUUUAAACUAUAAUGAUACAAUUUUAUAUAUUUACAUUUAGUAAAUGUUACGAUGUGAGUCGUAGUUGCCUCAUAUGUAAAGAAGAAAACGUAUAAAAAAUAGAGUUAAUGCUUUAACUUUUAAUUUGUAAAUUAAGUAGUUGUUAACGUAAACUGAGAAAACAGUUUCGACUCUAUUCUUCUUGUUUUAAAACGUUUCGCAAACUGAUCGCUCGUACAAGAAGUUUCCGAAAAAAUUAGAAGACAUUCGGGACGAAGAAGAACCUUUGUACUCUGCGAAUUUCAAUUAUUACGAAUAUAUUGAAAGUGCCUGUCUUGUGCCUAUUCUUAUACGAUGAAAAAGCGCUAUUUAACACUUGUUUAUCGUUAGAUAGCUUACGGUCCUAUUGCUUUGCAUAAUAUGUGAUCGAUAUUACGCUCAAAGUUAGUGCUUUUGUACAGCAACGUGUUCGAGCACGCACAUUCCAGAAAUCAAAGAAAUUUAAAUUUUAAGAGAGAAAGUCUAUGAAAUGAUCGUACGUCCAUAGGAUAAAUUUAAUUUAAUAUUUUUCUUAUGUUCGUACGUACUUAUAAUAUCGCACACAUUUUGAACAUACUAUAUAUAUAUAUAUGUAUGUAUAAAAAAUAGGAAAAAUGAAACUUUCUGUAACUAUCCAUUAAGCGAAAUUUCGAGUCUAGCCAGUAUAGCAAUAAAUUUUGUAUGUAUUUAGAAGAAUUAACAAGAAGUUAAAGUACGAUUUGUGAAUAUCCUGUAUAUCGUGUACAUAUGCAUGUACAAAAGCUUAUACGUAAGUUCACGCUAGAGAAUGUGUCUUUCAUUUUGGAAUUACAUUCCAGAACGCAAAUAAAUCUGAUGGUGCUCAUGGCUAAGCGUUUCGUUCAACAGUAUUACGGUAUCGAAGACGUAUGUUCUUGGAUUCUCACAGAAAGAGUUGAUUUUCUUCUGAAUAAAUAAAAGUAAAUAACAAGCA